GGCAGGUAGCACAAUGAUCAAUCGAUGAAAUUACAUUUGCUUUAAAAUUCUCCUCUUGUUUUAAUUUUUUAUUUUUGUCAGCAUAAUAUUUCUUCUCUUGUUGUUAUUUAUCUUUGAGUACCCCAACCCAACAUGAAGAGGUGCAUGUCUUGCGAGGGCAGAUAUGAUGUCGGCACCUGCUGCAAGCAGUGCCUCGAGGCCAAGGUCGCUUUUCUCACGAUGUCCCAGCCGGCUUUCUUUUCCGACGUCAUUCUGUUUGCCUCCUCCGAUGAGAACCCUGUACCCAUUCCGGCCCAUAAGGCCGUCUUGGCGAACCGUUCUCCAGUGUUCAGAGCCAUGCUUGAGAAUGAGAUGGAAGAAAGCCUGAGCGGCACCAUCAAGAUUGGCGAUGUCUCCUACGACGCCCUUCGUGCCUUCGUCAACUACCUCUACACAGCUGAGGUAUGCCCUGACCAGCAAUUGGCCUGUGAUCUCCUAGUAAUGGCUGAAAAAUACCAGGUGCAGCAUCUCAAAGACUUGUGCGAGAAGUUCUUGGUGGCCAACGUCAACUGGGACAAUGCAUUUAUGAUCUAUACCUUUGCACACCAGCAUGAUGCCAAGCAGAUCAUCGAUGCAGCCUUGGGGGUGAUCACACACGAAAUAGACAAGCUUUCUGCCCGGGAGGAGUACGAGGAGCUCAAGGAGAGAUAUCCGCAACUCAUAUUCGAAAUCUAUGAAGCUUAUUUCUCCAAACAAGCUAACACUACAAAAAACAUUAUCAAUAGUAACGUUUUUUCUUAUGGAAACCCACCCGCAUUGGGGCCCUUCCCGACCGUGACACGUUGGUGAGAUUUGUGGGCGUGAUAAUUGGCUUUUGUUACCAUUAAUAGAGAAAAGUAGACAACAUUAUGUUGACUUUCCAGCUGCCUUUAGACUUAUAUUUGUUGAAGCAUUAGAAUUGUUAGGACUUAUCCGUGGUUGUUGCUUAGUUGGUUACUUACUAUGUUAAUAAUGCCCUGGUUUGUAGGGCAAUCUGUUUUGUUUGAAUUGGUCUUA